AUGAAAGAACAGCAUGCCUUUGGACUUCUCUCCGCCAACAGCGCUGUAAAGGUUGUGAAUGCCAAUCCAUCGAAGGCUCUGACCUUGUCCAAACAUCAGCCAGAGUUGCUGCAGACCCAUGGUUUGAAGAGAUGGGAACACACUCAGGCCAAUGACAAGGACAUCUGUGACUUGGAGAAGAAAGUGAUGGUAUUCAUGAAGCAUGAGCUGGAGAAAUUUAAGAAACUCCUGAGAAAGGACAACACAAAAUUCUAUGACAAGGGAGAGGAUGACAACUACAAUGCCAGAGAGGGGGCCCUCAACAUUACAGUACAUUUCCUACGGAACAUGAACCAGACAGACCUGGCUAAGUCACUGGAGAAAAAAAUAAUUGGUAAAAAAAUAUUUUUAAAAAAGCUAAAGAAGAACCUGAAGAAGAGGUAUGGCCGUGUAUUACCGGGAAUAACAGAGCAGGGAAAAUCUGAACUCCUUGAAAAGAUUUACACAGACCUGUACAUCACAGAGGGAGGAAAUGGUGCAAUCAAUAAAGAACACGAAGUUGGAUGUAUGGAGAAAGCAACUCGGGCUCAAGAUUCAGAAGAAAAAUCCAUUGAGUGCAACAAUAUUUUUAAGUCUGAAGAAGACAGAUCCAUUAGAAUGGUGCUAACCAAAGGAGUUGCAGGCAUUGGAAAAUCCAUUUCUGUGCAGAAGUUCAUCUUGGAUUGGACAAGUGGAGCAGAGAACCAAGACAUUGAAUUGGUCUUUCCACUUCCUUUCAGAGAGCUGAAUUUGAAGAAAGACAAAUACAGUUUUAUGGAGAUCCUUCAUCAGUUUUUCCCUGAGACAAAAGGAUUGAUGUUUAACAAAAACAAGGAAUACAAAGUCCUGUUCAUCCUUGACGGCCUGGAUGAAUGCAGACAUCCUCUUAAAUUCAAUAAAAAUGAGAUCUGGUCUGACCUAACGACUCAAACCUCCAUGGAUGUCCUUCUGACAAAUCUGAUUAAGGGAAAUCUGCUUCCUUCUGCUCUCAUCUGGAUCACCACCAGACCAGCAGCUGCCAGUAAGAUUCCUCCUGAAUGUAUCGACUUGGUGUCUGAGGUUCGAGGGUUUAACGAAGAACAGAAGGAGGAGUACUUCAAGAAGAAGAUUGAAGACCAGAAACUGGCUGAAAAGGUUUUAAAACACAUCAAGGAAUCGAGAAGCCUCUACAUCAUGUGCCACAUUCCAGUCUUCUGCUGGAUCUGUGCCAUGGUGUUUGAAGACAUUCUUAAGGACACAGAUGCAGACACAGGAAAGACAACGGAAGAGCAAACUGUGACGAUUAAGUCAACUGAAGAACAAAUUCUGAAGACACUGACACAAAUGUACUCACACUUCUUGAUAUUUCAGACAAAACGCAAGGCUGAGAAGUAUGAUGCUAAUACAGCAAGUUUUGACACCAAGUGGGAUGAGUCCACUCGAGCCUUAGGGCAACUGGCUUUUCACAACUUGCUGUACAACAAUCUGAUCUUUUGCGACAGUGAUCUCACACAGAUUGGCAUUAGUGUAGAUGAUGCGUCUGUGUACUCUGGUAUGUGCACUCAGAUCUUCAAGAAGGACUCUGGCAUACUCAUUGGCACAGCAUUUAGCUUUGUACAUCUCAGCAUUCAGGAGUUCAUGGCAGCUUUAUAUGCACACAUCUGCAUGUGCAAAAACAAAAGGAAUGUUUUUGCUGAUCAGAAAGAGAGCAACAGCACUGAAAUGCUGAAGAAUGCAGUGGACAAGGCUUUGGAGAGUUCUAUUGGACAAUUUGAUCUUUUUCUCCGCUUCCUUAUGGGUCUCUCACUGGAGGGAAAUCAGAAACUCUUACAUGGCUUACUGACGUACAAUGAGAAAAAUUCACAAAGCCGAGACGAAAUAAUAAAAUAUAUCAAAGACAAGUUAAAAGAGAACCUUUCAGCAGAGAGAUCAAUUAAUCUCUUCUACUGUCUUAAUGAGUUGAAUGACAAGUCUCUGGUGGAUGACAUCCAAAAACAACUGAAGUCUGGCGGCCUCUCCAGUACUAAGCUUUCCCCUGCUCAGUGGUCAGCGCUGGUAUUUGUGCUGCUGACAUCAGAUAAGGUGAUUGAAGAGUUUGACCUAAAGAAGUUUCAAAGGUCAGAUGAAUGUCUGAGGAGACUCCUGCCUGUGGUGAAAACGGCCACAAAAGCUUUGCUGGACAAGUGCAACCUGACACACGAGAGCUGUUCGACUAUUGCAGAUGCCCUUAGCUCUUCCUCUUUGAAGGAGCUGGAUCUGAGUGGCAAUGUCAUUACAGACUCAGGUGUGGAGGUUCUUGCCUGCAGACUGGCAAAUCCUCAGUGCAAACUUGAGACUCUGAGCUUGUCAAACUGUGGUAUAACUGGGGAAGGAUAUGCUGCUCUUGCCUUAGCUCUCAAAUCAAACCCCUCACAACUGAUGGAGCUGGACCUGAGGGGAAAUGACCCUGGAGAAUCAGGAGUGAAGGACGUUACUUCAGCACGUAAUACAAAAUGCAAACUGAGCCUGUCAGACUGUGGUGUAACAGGAAAAGGAUAUGGUGCUCUGGCCGCAGCUCUCAAAUCGAACCCCUCACACCUGGAGGAGCUGGACCUGACAGGAAAUGACCCUGGAGACACAGGGGUGAAGGACGUUACUUCAGCUAUUAAUCCAAAAUGCAAAUUGAGGUUGUUGAGGAGUGAUGCAGCGGAGCAAGUCUGUGAGCAUCUGAAAACAGUUUUGGGUGGAAACCCCUUACUCUUGACUGAGCUGGACCUGAGUAAGAAAAAACUUGAAGACCCAAGAGUAGAUCAGCUCUGUGCUCUACUGAAGGACUUGCACUGCAGAUUCAAGAAGAUCAAGCUCAAUAACACUAAAAUAAAGAAAGAAGGCUUUAAUGCUAUUGUCCAGACCCUGACAUCAAAUCCCUCACACCUGAGAGAGCUGGACCUGACCUCUGCUCUUGGAUACCCGGCAUCACACAUGUUCUCUACGCUGAGGGGUAUAGAAUAUCUAGGAGACGCUGAAGCGAAGCACAUUUCUGCUCUACUCAGUCGUCCAGACUGUAAACUACGAAGACUGCUGUAA